CCACAGCCGUUCCACUAGUUAUAAAAACCGAGUAUUUUCGCCGCACCGCCUCAAUCUCCGCCUCUCUCUCUCUCUCUCUCUCUCUCCUCUCAAGCUCUGAAUUCACCCUUCAAUGGCUGCCUCUUCUCUGUUUCUUGGUUUAAUUUUCUGGUUUUCAUUCUCUUUUGCCGAAAGACCUGAAACCCCAAUUACAGUAACCCUUCCCUUAAUCAAAGAUCGCGCUACGCUCCAAUACGUGGUCCACUUACAUCAUGCCGGACUCGUGGUUGAUCUUGGCGGUCGAUUCCCCUGGCUCGACUGUUCAUCUAUCCACGCGUCAUCAUCUCAACGCCUAAUCACAUCAGGGUCACUCAGCUGCUCAAUGACCAACCCUAAUUCAUGUCUCCAUGGACGUUCUACUUUCUCCAAUUCCAAAUUCCAUCCUUGUUUUCUCAAAACUGUGAAUUCCAUCACUGGGUUAGCUUCCUGCGCCCCUCUAGCUGAAGAUAUCCUCACCGUCAAUCCACUUGAUUCAUCCGAUUCAGUUAUAGUCGUUGAUCAUUUCAUGUUCUCCUGUGCUCCCCCUUUGUUGUUGAAGGGAUUAGCCGGUGGUACUAAAGGAAUCUUGGGUCUUGGUGUGGAUAAACUUUCUCUGCCGUCGCAAUUCGCCGUAGCUCUCGGCGUUCAUCGGAGAUUCGCCAUCUGUCUGUCAUCAACCCAGGGCUACCUUGUCUUCUCCGGCGACCACAUUCCCAGCAGUUCGAUUAUUGGGUCACAAUUGUGGAAUUCUCUAACGUACACCCCGUUAAUCUCGAGUACGGAUGGUUACUACAUAAACGUGAAGUCAAUCAAGAUAAACGGAAAGACUGUAUCUUUGAACACGUCCCUGCUUUCUUUAGACAAAAAUGGAACAGGGGGGACGAAAUUAAGCACGGUUGCUCCUUACACCACAAUGGAAACCUCAAUUUACAAUGCGUUUGUUAAGGAAUUCGUGGAAACGUCGAAUUCCAUGAAGAUGAAGAGGGUUGCAGCAGUGGCGCCAUUUGGGGUCUGUUUUGAGUCAGAAGGGCGGCAUGGACAAGUUCCUACUGUGGAUCUCGUGUUACAAAGUGAGAUGGUGAAAUGGAGGAUUGGUGGGAGGAAUUCUAUGGUGGAGGUGGGCGACGGUGUGAUGUGCUUAGGGUUCUUGGACGGUGGAAACUGGUUGAUUAAUAGUAAGACGAAAGAACCUUCAAUAGUGAUCGGAGGGCAUCAGUUAGAGGACAAUUUGCUGGAUUUUGAUAUGGGGAAUUCUAUGCUUGGUUUUACUUCAUCUUUGUUAAGCAAAGGAACCAGUUGUUCAUAUUCGCCAUUACUUCCCCUUUGAUCACCAACCAUUCCACAAUUUUGCUGUUUUUCUCAUGUAAUUUUUACUAAUUUACCACUUGUAUAAUAUAUAUCUAAUCUUGAGUUUUUUGUUCUUUCUAAUAACAAGAAUGUUAUCAAUAAUGUAUAACCUUUUUCAGUGCUUUUUAUAAAUAUUAAAUGAAUUGGUUAUAAAGAAGAGCAUAUUCGAUCUAAAGCAACAACGUGAUUCACACAUAUAUGAUUUUGACUAGAAAGUACAACCAAGAUAAGGUUGUUGAUGACUCAUCGUACAAUGUUUUGUUUGGUUU